AAAGUUUGUUUUGUUUAUUUACUUAACUGUGAACUGAACCGAAUGUGUAUGCAGGUGUUCAGCAAAAACAGAAGCAAAAUAAGUAAGAAAAAAAACGCCUAACAACAAUCAACCAUCGACAAGACGAAGAAAAUCUUCGAAUAAAAAAGGUCAUCGGUCCUUCAUUUAUCAUCAAACACAUACCAUUCAUUCAUUUUCUGAAUUUUGCCCAAUGGAUAAUGUUCUCCCAUAGGAUGAUUCAAAACCGAAUGAUUCUCACUUUUUUUUAGAUCGAAUUUGGUUCAAUGAAAAAAACUUUUUCGUUCCUGAUGCCACCAGCUGGUCAGUUUGUUAAAGUUGGAUUCGUUUUUCAUCAACAUCAGUUUUUUUCGGGAUUUUUUCGUUUUUUAAUUCACCGGAUUUGUUCAUAUCACAUUCAUUCCACAGUAUUCUUUUUUAAAUGAACCAAACGAACCCAAAAAAUUGAAUUAUCGAGUGGAUAAAAAACAGAGGAAAAAAAGCCGAAUUCUUCUUCGCUUGUAUCCUGGAGCAUAUUCUUCUUCUUUUUUGGUUCCAGAACAUCUUUUUUGGUGAUUAAUGUGGUUAAUUUCAAUUUGAAUUUCAGAAAAUCAACAACAACAAAGUCAUUGGCCUUUUUGUUUUUCAACAAAUAUCUUCUCUGUGUGUCUGUGCUGUGUUUGAAUUGUGUUCGUGUUUUAUUUUUUUUGUGUUUUUAGUGCGAUGAUCCUGGAUCAGGGUCUUAUGUUUUUUACUGUGUUUUUUAUAGUGUCUAUGGUUGUGGUGAUAAGUGAGCAUCUUUGAUUAUCAACAUCAGCAUUGUGAAUAAGCAAAAUCAACGAUAAAAAUCAACGAUAAAAAUGGCAGCAUCUACUUCACAUAAGAUUGGUGGUCAAUUAUAUACCACUGAAUCAAUGUUAUUACAUUUGCUAUCAAGAUUAGAUCAAGCAAGACAACGUACACAACAAGUACGUCGUAAACGUUUUGGCCGUCAUGAACCAAUAUCAUUAGCAACAAUGCGUUAUGAAUUAUGUACAUUUGAUCUUUGGAGAUCAAUUAUUGCCGAAUGUUUAGCAUCAUUUUUAUAUGUAUUUUUAUUAUGUUCAACACAUUUAACAUGGAAUGGAUCAAAUUUUAUAUUUAAUUCAAACACACAACCAAAUUGGUUAAUAAUAUCAUUAUGUUCUGGUUUUACAAUGGCAACAUUAAUACAUUGUUUUGGUCAUAUUAGUGGUGGUCAUAUUAAUCCAGCCGUUACAAUAUCAUUUCUGAUAACAAAACGUAUUUCACCAUUACGAACAAUUUUAUAUAUUUUAGCACAUUGUACGGGCGCUAUUGCCGGUGCUGCAUUACUUUAUGGUGUAACUGUAACUGGAAAUCAAAUGAAUUCAAUGGGACCAUUAGGCAUUACGAUUGGUCAUGAUAGUCUAAAUGUUUGGCAAUUGGUUACAGUAGAAUUAUUGUUAACAUUUGUUGUUGUAUUCACAACAUAUGCAACUAUGGAUUCUAAUCGUAAAUCAUUUGGUAGUGAUGCAUUAUCAAUUGGUAUUGCCUAUUUGAUUACAUCAUUGACUGGGUUACCGGCAAGUGGUGCAUCAAUGAAUCCAGCUCGUACAUUAGGUCCAGCAUUUGUUAUGAAUCGUUGGCAAAAUCAUUGGGUUUAUUGGGCUGGACCAAUAUCUGGAGCAAUAAUUGCAGCAAUUAUUUAUGAAUUUAUAUUUGAUACAUCAAGGCGUGGUAUAUCAUCAACAUCGAUAAAUAAUUAUUAUCAACAUCAACAACAACAACAUCCACAUCAUCAACAACAACAACAAUUAACACAAUAUCAACAAGCAUCUUAUCUUCAUCAUCAUCAGCGUUUGGCUGCUGGUUCUGGUACAAUGAUUGGUGGUGGUAAAUCUUCAUUUUUUCAAGAUCAUUUUGAUUUUGAUCUUGAACGUGAUUCCAAUGUAGAUGAUGAUUAUGAAGAUCCUGAAUUAUCAGCAACAGCAGCAGCAGUAAACAACAACAGCAAAUUAACUACCGUAUCAAAUCAUACAAAAUUAUUUCAAACCGGUAAUGGUGGUGGUGGUGGUUGUUCAGCAUCAGCAGCGUCAUCUGGUUCAUCAUCAGGACAUUCACGUUCAAAUCAUACACAACAUUCAAUUGUUUCGGUACAUGGUAGUGGUGGUAAUAAUGGUGGAUCAUUUGAAUCAUAUCGUCCAAUGAUUGGUCCAUUUGGUGCCGGAUCAACUAAUACGAAUACCAACAAUAAUAAUGGACCACAAUCAACAACAACAACAACCAUUCCAGAAUUAUCAUCACAAAUUUAUAAUGAACCAACAAAUUAUUAUCAAUCUACAUCUGAUCGUAGUACCAAUAAUAAUAGUGGUGGUAGUAAUAAUAAUAAUGUAAAUAAUCAAACAUCAUCAUCAUCAUCAUUUUUUCAUUCAAUGCAUCCAACUGAUCGUACAAAUAGAACGGCUGGUCAUUUUACAAUGCGUUCAUCUGGUAAUGGUCCAACACAACAACAAACCGCACAACAACAACAAUUAAAUCGUCAUCUUAAUUAUGAUCCACAUCAAUCAAUAAUUGGACCAAAAUUCUGAUCAAAUCAAGUCAACCAAAAAACAAAAACUUUGAACUUUAUCAUUUAGUCGUAAAACCUAUUUUUGUAUUUAUAAACAAAUCGCCUCAACCUACAUACACCCAAACACACCUUCUUCAGUAGAAACAGAAAGAGAAAUAAAGAAUCGAAUCUUUUUAUAUUUUCAUAAACCAAUUCUUUCCUUUGACACCUUCUAUUAUAACAUAGAAUUUACCCAGAAAAAAACUAUUAUUGUAAUUUGUAAAUAAUUCAAUUUGUAAUUGCACCAAUUCUUCUUUUUUUUUCGAUUAUUAUUAUUUAACCCUUUCUUUUUUUGUAAACAACAACAACAAUAAC